AUGUUUGAAAGUGAUUGGAUUCGUAUUAAGAAAUCAAUUGAGGAUGAGGACGAAGUGGUUAUGCUUCCCUCAACUCCCGAAACGAAUGGCAAUGAGGAUCAUUUAUUCUCAAAACCACUCCAUCAUCAACAACAAGAAAUGGCGUUCUCUCCACAAAAAGAUGAGGACAAAGCCUUUGCCCGAUACAGGUAUUGCUCAGGAGAGUUUGAUGACGAUGAAAUUGAGGAAUGCGUCAUACCAGAUAGUACCAACGGGACUCACUCAAGAGGAACAAAAGCAUCAAAGGGCCUUCUCACCAGUUCCAAAUCAUUGGUUAAAAGUAAAUCAACAUCGACCUUAUCGGACUCUAAGAUGCUCAAAUCGGUUCAAGAGCCACCUGCAGCAACAACUGUGGUAUUGAAAAAUAGUGCCCUUGCUGCUGCCUCAAUUUAUGGGUCCUCACAGCCUAAAACACCAAAAACAAAGAGAUUAACGUCAUCUAAAUCCUCACAGAACUUGCUCCCUCUUCAGCUUUCUCCUUCAACACCAAAUACCGCAUCAAGAAACGGGCAAGGGCUUCAUCCAAUUCCAAAAGAGACGAGCAAAGUUUCACCAAAAACACCAUCUAGUAACGGUAGUUCUGCAAGAUCUUUAUCCACACACCGUUUGAUUGAGAGAAGGGCUUCCAAUACCAAGUGA